UCGCUGCUCACUGGCUAAAAUAGCUGGUACCAUACAUAGCGAAUCCCAUAUUGUGCGUGGUAGACUCAGAGUAGAUUGGCCACCGGCCUCUCCAGUGUUGUCCAUACGGUCAAAGGUAGGUAACGCGUAUCAGUCAUGAUUGCAGGGCCCGAGUUGUCAGCCUCGACCGCGUUCCUGAGGGAGUGUUCUUGCCAGCCUCCGGCUGACAUUCUCUGGUAUAAAGCUUGUGAGCCGGCAAGCAACCCUUUUCUUCAAUACUGCCAUACUCUCGUCGGUGACUUCCUUCAACGACCAAGCUCAAGCAACGGAUACUUCAAGCACACCGCCGGGCCUUCCACAUCGUAUUGACUGACCCCCAGGUUAAGCAUGAUCGUCAAGUCCGUGAUCAUCUGUCUCUCGCUUGCAGCAGCCCUUCCUGCCUCUGCGGCUCCCGCCCCUUUGGCGACGUCGACGGUCAUUCGGAUCCCCGAACUCGUCACCCUGACCGUCGGCUUCGUCGCGCCCACCGAGAUUCGCAAUCUCGCGCCUGCGCCCACGUCCGGGCCCUCCGGCCACCGCGGCACAAACGCGGACAGCGAUGUCCCCGGGAUCUCCGCCGUCGACAAGCACGUCCCGGGCCUCUCGAACAUGGAGAGCCCCGCCGCGCUCCCCGUCGACAUGUCGAGCUUCUUCCGGCGGCAGAUCCGCAUCAACAACUACGACCCGACGAAUAACAGCAUGACCGAGCCCCUGUUCGGUGGCGCGCCGCAGCUCCUCGUGCGGCGCAACAAGAAGGCACAGGCGAUGAAGGCAGCCCAGAUGAAGACCGCCCAGGCCGCCGCGCAGCCCUCCAGUGCACCGGCGGGUGGGCCGUUGGGCGCAGCCACGCCUAUGCAAGCGGUAUCCGGUGGCAUACAGGGACUUGGAGCGACACGGAUGGAGGGGUCAGACGUCUUUCAUGAGGCACUCGGCGCGGCCUCCGACCCAAUGGACGCACUGCAGGACACCCAAUCCUCCGCUUCAGCCACGUCUUCCGCGGCCAAACCGACCUACAGCAAAUCCAUGGACACGGAGCCCCUUCCCAUUGGCCCUGGCUACACCACCGACACGAUGGACACUGCCCCAGAGCAGCCCCCAACGAAACAGAAGUCGAAGCGACAUUCAUUUAUGAUGGACCUCAACGCGCUGCUUCCGGAGGCGCCGAGUACGACGGUUAACAACCUCGCGACUCCGAGCCCGGUGCAGGCGUGGCAGAACGACGCCCUGUUCGAGCUGGACAGCAACCGCAGGCCAGACCCGACGCUCCCAUUGACGUCGCAGAACGUGACGAGUGCUGCGACGAAUGUGACGGGGGCCGCGCAAGGCGUCACGGGGAACGUCACCAAGUCGACCUGAGGGUGCUUACCUGGAUACCGCACGCUGUAUCAUUGUGAUGAAUAUCAUGAACUUUAGCUUUCU